UGAUGUUGGCUUUUAAUAAUUCAAUUUUCCCUUUUUGAUAAGUAAGAAAUAAUUAAAUAGAUGAAUCAUGAAGGUGUGUUUGGAUAAACUUUUGCAAUGGGAAGCUGGUUCACUUGUGUGAAAAGACUCUUUACACCAAGCCCAAAUCAAAAUAAAUAUCAAGAGAAACGCAAAAGGUUGGAAUUCAGACGGCGGUGUAGCGAUCCGGCGGCGCACGUCCCACCGCGGCGGAAUCUGCGCGAGGCGGCGGAGGAGCAGCGCAAGCAGGCGGUGGCUGUCGCGGUCGCCACCGCCGCCGCAGCGGAGGCGGCUGUGGCGGCGGUGAACGCGGCGGUCGAGGUCGUCCGGCUGACGAACGCGCCGUACGAGGUCGGGAAGACGAGGGUUUUCUACGCCGCCGCUGUCAGAAUCCAGACGGCUUACAGAGGACACCUUGUGAGCUUUUUUGCCCCUAAAGAAUCAAUUUCAGUUUUAGCUGUCAGAUUUUUGAAUUCUUCCUGAGAAAUAAAAAAAAAAAAACGAAGACAAAAUGUUGUUUUGAAGGGGAUUAUUUGUAUAGAUUUUUCUCAAUUUUGAGGAGAUUGAGGAAAAUGGUUGUCUUCAAUUAUUGGCUAAAUUUGCAAUUUUAUCAUUUUUCUUUUUUUGGGGAAAAUCAUGAUUUAUGCUGGUCUACCGUGUAGAGAUGUUCAAAGAAACGAACUUUUUUAAGGCUUGUUUUAAUGAUUAAGCUCGGCUCGUUAAAGUUCGUUAGGCUUUAAUAGGAGUUUUUACGAAAUAUAAUUCGGUUUGUUAAGGUUCGAGCUCAUUUUUUGGAGCGUUAGGCUUGAUAAAUAGGGAUUUAUACGUAAUUUUCCAAACUUUUAGCAUAAUUCAGCUCGUUCGAUCUUGUUUAUCGGCUCAUUAUUUUAGCUCGGCUGAAUAAGAAUUAGAGCCCGAGAUUUGAGUAUUAGAACCGUAAAUAAGUCAAUAUUUAUAGCAAUUACCAUAUGGUUAUAUAGUUUUCAGCUUUCACCUCUAAAAUAGAUCCAAUGAUUCACUUGAAUCAAUAGCAAGGCUUUCUUAAAAAAUGGGAUCUUUUAUGCAGGCAAGAAAAGCAUUGAGUGCACUAAAAGGGAUAGUGAAGCUUCAAGCCGUGGUCCGAGGUGAGCUCGUGAGAAAGAAAGUCUUGAAGAAGUUGACAUACAUUUCUCUAUUCUCAAAGGCCCGGCCAUUGUUAGACGUGCAUCGAGCGAGAGUUCGGCCGAUGGUUGAUUAUCUUGGUCAUGACAAAAGGAGGCAUAGCUUUGUUGUAAAUGAAGGCUUCAAAUCCGAAGAAUUUAAGCUUCACUGUAACACCCACCGGAGUUUGGAUUUGGGCUCGGUCUCGAAUGAAGCCACUGCUAAAAGGGAGUACACGAAGCAAUAUUCAUUCUCUCAAUGGGAGAAGAGAAAUGAUCAAAAUCUGCAAGAACAGACGACCCUCAACCGAAACACGAGCAUCCAUUUGCUUCAACAUGAGGUUCAUAAUCAACUAGAAAAAAUCGAGAAUUUAAAGCCCAUGUCACGUUCGAAUUCCAUCACAAUCGACUCGACUAGGCUAGCGCAGUUGAAAUUGAGAAAAAACGAAACUGCAGAAGGAUUCAACUCGCCAUCUUCACAAUCGAGGAGGUCUUUUUGCCACAUAAGCCACAAAUCGAGCUCAGAUUAUGGAUCUUUACCAAAUUCGCCAGUUUUUCCAGCUUACAUGGCAGCCACGGAAUCUACCAAGGCAAAAUCGAGAUCGUUUAGCACCCCAAGGCAAAGGUUGAGGCUAUGCGAAUCGUAUGCGGGCCCGUAUUCUCUGCACAAGCUCGGCCUUUCUUCAUGUGGGUCGUUUAAUGGUGAAACAUUAAUAGCCAAGAAUGAGAAAAUGAACUGCAACUCGUAGUUAGUAAUGUGUUUAAUUAGUUAGCAUGUGCAUUAUUAGUUAUUUCCUUAUCACUAGUAUUUGAUUCUUAUUAGGUUUAGUAUUUCUAUUUCUUAUAGGCUUAGGUUUUCUCUACUAUAAAUAGGCCUAUGUAUUCAUCUUUUUAUUCAUGCAAGUAAUAAAAUAUGGAAAAGCUCGUCUUGAGCACAAAUCUUUCGUGUUAGAACUAGGCUGAUAGUGCUGGUUUUAUCACAACUUAUUGGCAUAAAUUAGGAAAUAUAAUAAUAAUAGGUGUAACGCCCCACUUUAUUUUAAA